AUGGACUCUAUUAAGAAGAAGAUGUUGGCGAUGAAAUUGGAAAAGGAAAAUGCCUUAGAAAAAGCUAUUAGUCUCGAAAACCAGCUUAAGGAGAAAGCUAAGGACUUUGAGAAGAAGGAGGAAGAAAUGAAUGACUGGCAAUCAAAAGUGAAGAGCCUUCAAACAGAAGUUGAUACCGUUCAGGAAUCUCUUCAGGAAGCAAUUGUCAAACUUGAGGAAACCGAGAAGCGUGCUACCAACGCUGAGGCUGAAGUUGCCGCUAUGACUCGUCGCAUUAGGCUUUUGGAGGAAGAUUACGAACAAUCAAGCGGGCGACUUACUGAAACUUCUACGAAGCUUGAUGACGCCAGCAAGGCAGCUGAAGAAAGCGAGAGGAGUCGUAAGGCCCUUGAAACCAGAUCUAUUUCUGAUGAUGAAGUAAUGGGUCAACUUGAAGAGCAAGUCAAAGAAGCUAAGGAUAUGGCCGAAGACGCUGAACGCAAAUAUGAUGAGGCUGCCCGUCGAUUGGCUGUUACGGAGGUUGAUCUUGAACGUGCUGAAGCACGUUUGGAGACUUCUGAGAGCAAAAUUGUUGAACUUGAGGAGGAGUUGCGAAUUGUUGGCAACAACAUGAAAUCUCUCGAGGUUUCAGAACAGGAGUCGCUUCAACGCGAAGAAAGCUAUGAAGAGACCAUUCGUGAUUUGACUGAACGUCUCAAGACGUCCGAGCAACGUGCAGCUGAAGCUGAACGCCAAGUUUCCAAGCUCCAAAACGAAGUCGAUCGUCUCGAAGACGAGCUCUUGUCCGAGAAAGAACGCUAUCGUGGCAUCAGUGGCGAGUUGGAUACUACUUUCGAGGAGCUCACUUCCUUCUAA